AUAUGGUGGUACAAAGAAAGAGCCUUUUCUUACUCACUUCAUCACAACUCUCCUUAAUUAUAUUCUCGUCCCCUUUUCAUUCUUUUAAGAAACGGUAAAAUCUGGUGUGAGUGAAUAUGGGAGUUGAAGGAACGAUGGACUACAUAUCGGAAUUUCUGAAGAAGAGGAAAAGAAUGAAGAAGAAACAAAUGCAGACAGUAGCUCUCCGAGUUGCUCGUAUCGACUGCGAAGGCUGUGAACGUAAGAUCAAACAUAUCCUUUCCAGCGUCAAAGGAGUGAAGUCGGUGGACGUGGACGUGAAGCAGCAGAAGGUAACGGUGAUGGGAUACAUGGAUCCAAAGAAUGUAUUGGAGGCGGCCAAGUCGACGAGGAAAAAGGUUGAGCUAUGGCCGUAUGUCCCGUACACAAUGGUGGCGAAUCCGUACAUAUCUCAGGCAUAUGACAAGAAGGCACCACCAAACAUGGUUCGGAAAGUUCUUGACACGGCCUUAGUCAACGAGACCACCGUCGAUGACUCUUACACCGUUAUGUUUAGUGACGAGAAUCCUAAUUCUUGUUUUAUCAUGUAAACUGUAGACAGUGUGCUUUUCGUAAAACUUAAUUAUAUGAUCAAAUAUAUUAUUGAUAAAU